GGGCUCGGGGGACAAAAGCGAUCUCUCCUACCGCCCAGUCGUCGACAGCGAAGCAUUCCUCGUCCGCCUCGGGCUGCGCGAGUCGUUUUGUGCGGAUUCGCAUCACAUCGUCUAAAAAUGAUCAAUGUCGUCGGUCGACCGCCGCUGGACGCCGCAGGCGUGCGGCUCUGCACCUUUGAGCAUGUGCUAUGCGACACGAGCAGCAUGCCCUGCGAUUGGCUGCCGUGCCACACCGAGGAGCUGCGGCGGGAUGCCAUGGUGAACGGCACCGUGCCGAUCACGCUCGAGAACUUGGGACAGAUCCGACGAGAUCCGUGCUGUAGCGCUGAGAAUUUCGUGCUCGACUCCUGCGACGACGCGGCGCGCGAGCUGGAGUCGGCCUUCGGUGCGGAGGGCGGCGCGGUCGUCUGCGACCUCACGACCGUCGACGAGGGCCGCGACGUCGAUGGGCUCGCGCGUGUCGCGGCGCGGCUCGGUGAGAGCGUCGCGGUGUGCUUCGGGGCGUCGCUGCCGGCGGCUGACGUCGCGCGCGGCAGCGAGGACGAGAUGCGAGUCGCGCUCGAGCGCCAGCUCGUCGUGGGCGUCGACGUCGCGACCGACGUGGCGCGUAAUUUUGCCGCUGGCGCGCCGGCCGCGCCACGGGCCGCGUUUGUCGGGCCGCUGCGGCCGGCGCUCGACGAGGGCACCAUACCGAUCCUCUACGACGGCCACCCGGACAUACCCUAUAUACGUGCCGCGGCCGCCGCCGCGUCGCGCCAGGGCGCGCCCGUCGUCGUGGUCCUGCCCGGAUACGAGGGUGCCCAGCUCCGAAAAUGCGUGCGCGCGGUGAUAGAGCUCGCGGACGCGCCGGCCUGGGUCUUCCGGGUCGCGCGGCUCGACGACCAGCACCACACGGGGGACCUCGGCGACCUGCUCGAGCUCGCGCCGAAUGUUUUGGUCGUCGCCGACGGCUGGUAUCGGCCGUGUGAUCAGGGGCCCCGGCCGCCGUCCAAAUAUCUCUUGAGUCAUUAUAUCGCGGCCCAAGAUCGCAUCGUCGUCGCCGCCGGCGUGCGGUAUCGGACGCAGCUGCGGAGGUACGGCGGCGCCGGUUAUGGCGCAGGCCUCAUCGCCGUCCGCGACGCCACUGAUCGGGAUAUCAACUUCGCCGCCGCCGCGCCGAGCCUCGCCUGGUACCGCCCGCCCAAAAAGCGGCCCGCCGACGUCGUCGAGUUGCAAUGCUCGCGCUGCGGCCGGAGCUUCGAGGUGCGGCGUGGCCACCACUACGGCAAAUUCGACUUUGUGUAUUGUGGUCGCGGCUGCCUCGACGCGCACCGGGAUGCGGGCUUCGACGCGUCCGAGGUCACGGGGCCGACGGCGUCGGCUCAGGGGGUAUAA